CAACCAGGCUCUCCAACGCCUCUCCGUCGCGGAAGCACGCGCGUGCUACCGUAUGGCCCCCAGCCCAUUGGUCAAUUCGUGUCAUUCAUGCCCUGUGCCAGAAUGAUCUUUUUAGCUUUGCUCCACUGCUGUACCCGGCGUCCGAGCAGUUGGCGCUGCUGCAUGGAGCUGGGGAAACUCUUGACUCUUGACUAACAACGUACCACGGUGCCUUUUGUCUAAUAAAAUUCUGCACCCUGAUGAGUGAGGGCGAUUUUCACUAUAAGAGACAACUUCCCACUUCACCUGAGGUUCAGACCACCUGACCUGAACCGAUUAUCUCGCUUUACCCACAACUCAUCCUCAUAUCGCCACAAAUAUAGAAGCAGUCUUCUACCAGCACCUAUUUCGUAUCGUCGACAAACCAGAAUCACCCACGUACCCAUUGUCGAUAAUUCAAUGCAAAUCAAGCACCUACCGUUCGAAAUCCUUUCCAAGAUCCUCGAGGAGGUUGCCGAAGCCAAUAUCCGAGAUGGCCCAGCAUACACCUUUGGGCUAUCCCAGGCGCCCCUGCCACUCCAGAAGUCGACUCUCCAGCGCUAUGUGAGAGGCCCCGUUCCACCUGAGAUGCUCAAGUGGGAUGCCAUCUGUGCCAUUCGGACCGUCUGCUGGCAAUGGCACGAGUGGGCCCUGGAGUACGCCCUCAAGAAUGUGUACAUCCGCCGUUGGAAGGGAGGCGAGCGGUGGGCAGAGCUGUCCAACCGACGGUCAAGCUACCCCUUGUACGAGCUCAUUGAUCGCCCUACUGGCACGGCUGUCUAUCGCGAUCCCUUUGCUUCCCUAAAGCAAACUGUAAGGAACUUCAACGACUUCCCGGAGCUGGCCUCUAAGAUCAAGCGCAUGUGGUUCCACGGAUUCUACACAGCCGAGACAAACCGCAUGAUCUUUGAUUCCCUCAAGAACUGCACCAACCUCACAUCUCUAUCUGUUCCUUGGACCACGAUCAGGCAUCUGGACGCGCAUUCGUGGAGGACUCUCCUAACCGGUAAUGGCAAGCCCCUCGAGUCGUUGGAGCUUCAGUGCAUCGACCCCACCUCGCAGCAGGCUGCGGAGAAGGAGAACCAAGUCGAUCUCCAGGCGCUGCAGUCGGUCAACUUCGGUCGGCUGAGGCGACUGAAGAUCUUCGGUGACACCACCUUCAUGCCAAUCACCGAUGACGAUCUCUUUGCCAUUGCUCGUACCGCAACCCAGCUUGAGGAGUUCCACAUGACCUGCAUCUCCACCAUCACCAUCGAUGGUGUCAUGGCUGUUGUCAAGGCAUCGUGCAAGACCCUCCGGGUACUCGAGCACAGCCCACGGUCACAGGAUGGCUUCUGGCACCCUCACCCUGGAUCCCCAAGUGACAGUGAGCACCUUUGCGGGACAUUCCGAAGCUGCCCGAAGCUUGAGACUUUGUCGAUCUCUCUUCCUUCCGUAUGCGCAGACCUGUUCUCCCACGAGGACGCCAAAUUCCGGGGCGACAUGCAGGUGCGCGCGCUGCACUUGUGCGGCCACGAGCAUGGGCGCUCGACCCAGGAGGCCACAGAUGCUUUGCAGACGUUGCUGCAGCAGGCUCGCGCCUUGGUACAACGACGUGCUGAGAGCACCAUCCCACAGGAGCUCUACGUUGAGCUUUUUUUUGCAGACUGCAUCUUCGAGCCAGGAUCCAGCUCGGUCCACGGCGACUUCGCUCUAGCGCAGGCCAUCACCGACGGUCAUUGGCCCGCGAACGUCGAGUUCAGCGGCAAGGGCCCAUACGGCAGCACCGGCCUCUACGAGAAAGAGGAGGAGGGACCGUUCCAGCGCAUCGACGAGGAUGAGUUCCUAGCUGGUGUGCGCAGGAGGUUCCACUCCAUCUCGACCUGAUCGCAGCGCGAUCGAUGAACCAUUUUCGAUUCUUAUGUACUCCUAUGGCGAUUUUCAGCAUUACGACUUUACUCUCAACGACUUCUCAUGCGAACAGGCAGCGAGCCUGGAUGAUACCAGGCCAAAGAGCCACCGUCACGCAGAACAAAAAGUUUCUGUACACCUCGAGCAUUUUCUUCGGGCGGGCAUUUGCAUGGGGCGGCGGGACGCUGCCCCCUUCUAGCAUUCCAGCGUUCACUUAGGCAUGU